UAUUUUCUAUUUUUUCUAUUGGUUAACACAAAAAACUAGAUACUGUAUAGAUUACGUAGCCGUAUAUUUUUCAGCAAAUAAUUACACAGCCGUAUAUUUUUUCAGCAAAUAAUUAAUGAAACCCUCAGAAUCAAUCACUCUCAAAUUCAACCUAAAUUCACUCCAAAUUAAUUCCAAAUCCAAAAUCACCUUCUCUCUCAUUCGUUCCAUUCUCUCUCUCCCCGAAUCCAUUAUCACCACCACACAGUCUCUUCUUCCUAACCUUCUCUUCUUCUCUUUUUUCUUUCCCUAAUUUACCCCUAAAGUAACCCCCCAAAAAAAAAAUUCCAUGAAUCUUUGGAGCGACGACAACUCAUCAGUAAUGGAGGCUUUCAUGACCUCCUCUGAUUUAUCCACCUUAUGGCCAUCACAACCACCGCCGUCGUCACAACCACCACAAACCACCACCGGAUUCAACCAAGACACACUUCAACAACGUCUUCAAGCUUUAAUCGAAGGCUCUUCUGAAAUCUGGACUUACGCUAUCUUCUGGCAACCGUCUUACGACUAUUCCGGCUCUUCUCUUCUCGGUUGGGGUGACGGUUAUUACAAAGGCGAAGAAGAUAAAUCAAAAUCAAAAUCAAAAUCUAAAGCUACUUCACCUGCUGAACAAGAACACCGUAGAAAAGUUCUUCGAGAACUUAAUUCUUUAAUCUCCGGUAAUCCGGUACCGGAAGAAACUUCCGUUGAUGAAGAAGUUACUGAUACGGAGUGGUUUUUUUUAGUUUCUAUGACUCAAUCUUUUGUUAACGGAAGUGGACUUCCUGGACAAGCUUAUUUUAAUUCAACUCCGGUGUGGUUAACCGGAGGUGAGAAUCUCGCCCUCUCGGUUUGCGAGAGGGCGAGACAAGGUCAGGAACAUGGUUUACAGACGCUGGCGUGUAUACCGUCGGCGCACGGUGUUUUAGAGCUUGGAUCUACUGAAUUGAUUUAUCAGAAUAACGAUCUGAUGAAUAAAGUUAAGAUGUUGUUUAAUUUUAAUAAUAAUUUUGAUUUUGGAUCUUCUUGGCAAUUAGGUAGUAAUAAUUCUACUGUAAUUACUCAUCAAGGUGAAAAUGAUCCUUCUUCAAUUUGGCUUAAUGAUCCUGAAACUAGAGAUUCUGUUGUUGAUAAUAAUUCUCUUGCUGCAACAACAACAACAACAACAGCAACAACAAACACUUCAGUUUCAAUUCCAAGUCAUCAUCAGCAACAUCAACAGCAUCAGAACAAUAGCAAUAAUCAGAGUUUGAGUGUGAGUGUGACGAAGACGAUUCAAUUUGAAACUCAUGGUUCAAGUACUGUAACAGAAGUUCCUAGUGUUGUUCAUGUUUCAAGUAAGCAGAAUCAACAAGGAUUGUUUACUAAGGAAAUGAAUCUUUCGGAAUACGGUGGGAGUAACGGUCAGCAGCGUUCAUUGAAGCCGGAAUCGGGGGAGAUUUUGAGUUUUGGUGGUGAGAGUAAAAAGAGUUCAUAUGUUGCUAAUAAUGGAAAUUCGAAUUCGAAUUUUUUCUCGGGUCAAUCACAGUUAGUUUCAGUUGCUGAGGAGAAUGGGAAUGGGAACGGAAAUGGAAACGGGAAGAGGAGGUCUCCGAAUUCGAGAGGAAGUAAUAAUGAUGAUGGAAUGCUAUCUUUUACUUCGGGUGUAAUUGUUCCGCCGGUGAAUUUGAAAUUCUCUGGUGUUACUGGUGGUGGUGAUUCGGACCAUUCGGAUCUGGAAGCUUCGGUGGUGAAGGAGAUGGAUAGUAGUCGUGUGGUGGAGCCGGAGAAGAGGCCGAGGAAGAGAGGGAGGAAGCCGGCGAAUGGAAGAGAGGAACCGUUGAAUCAUGUUGAAGCUGAGAGGCAAAGAAGAGAGAAGCUGAAUCAGAGAUUUUAUGCUCUUCGUGCAGUUGUUCCUAAUGUUUCAAAGAUGGAUAAAGCUUCACUUUUGGGUGAUGCUAUAUCUUACAUUACUGAGUUGAAAACAAAGCUUGUGAAAACUGAAUCUGAUAAAGAUGAAUUGGAAAAGCAACUUGAUUCAGUGAAGAGUGAGUUUCAGAAAGUCAAUGAAAACUCGUCUCAGCCACCACCACAACCUCAACAACAACAAGUACCCGAUAAACCCUCUUCCAAUCAAGCUUUAAUCGAUUUAGAUAUUGACGUGAAGAUUAUAGGUUGGGAUGCAAUGAUAAGGGUCCAAUGCAGUAAGAAAAACCACCCUGCAGCGAAGUUGAUGGCGGCGUUGAUGGAGCUUGACCUAGAAGUGCACCACGCGAGUGUUUCCGUGGUGAAUGAUUUGAUGAUACAACAAGCAACCGUGAAGAUGGGGAGUCGUUUUUACACGCAGGAACAGCUUCGGGCAGCAUUGUCCUCUAAAGUCGGGGAUGUUCAAUAAAGUUUGCAAAUUGCUGCCAUGCGAAAUUAAUUGGGAAUGUUAUGUAUGUGAAUUUCUCAUUCCUCCAUAAUUUUGGGGCUCUGGGAUAUUUUACGGAUUCCCGGUAACUAUCUCUGUAAACUAGAAGUGUCUUUGUUUUUUGUAGCUUAGUAUGAUUUUUGAGGUAUUUUUAUUUGGGAAUUUGUAUGGAGAUGGAGUACUAGAAGUAGAACUAGAGCUAGCUUUGAUGAAGUAAGUAAAAACUACUUGUAAUUUCGCCGUAAGAUUGGGCACGCGAUUGUGCAUCCGUGCCUGUGUGUGUGUAUAUAGAAUGUUGUAUAAUUCUCAUAAAUGGGUAACAUGGUGAAAAUUCUGAAUA